AUGAGGCCGGCUGUUGUCCUGUCGGCGGCGCUGCUGGGCCAGCAGGUGACGGCAUUGUCGAUCCCUCAGACGAGCGCCGUCGAGAAGAGCAGCGGCGAGGAGAAACGGGACUUGUCGGGUCUGCUGUCCGGCGCUCUCGACGUGCUGGAUGCGAUCCCCGGCAUCGUGAACCAGGCCGUGAACACCACCAUUCGCGUGGUGAGAGCGUUGAAGGAGACGGUUGAUGAGAACGGGCUGCUGAGGGAUGACUUGACGACCAUUCUCGGCCUGAAUACGACAACCGGAAUGCCUCUUAACUCAACGGCGAAAGUCACAUGUCCGGACGUGGCCGUCGUUUUUGCCAGAGGGACGAAUGAGCCAGGAAACGUGGGCUUCCUCACCGGGCCUCCGUUCUUCGACGCCCUUAGAACUUACAUGAACGGCACCGGCACCAUCGCGGUGCAGGGCGUCAACAACUACCCCGCCGUCGCCGCGGGAUUCUUCGCGGGAGGGUCUCCCAACGGCGCCGCCUUCAUGUCGCAAGUGGCCAGGCAGACGCAGUCCAUGUGCCCCAAUACCAAGCUCACCAUGUCGGGAUACUCGCAGGGCUCGCAGGUCGCGCGCCUGGCCAUCUCGCAGAUGCCGCCCGACGGGCAGGCCAAGAUCUCCAGUGUCGUGCUCUUUGGCGAUCCGCUCGGCGGCAGGGCGAUACCGGGCGUCGACUCGAGCCGGCUGCUCGUCGUGUGCCACACCGGGGACAACAUAUGCCAGGGCGGCGACUUCAUCUUCGACCCGCACCUGAACUACAGCCUCGACGCGCCGACGGCGGCCCUGUUCGUGAUGCAGCGGAGCAGGCUCGGCAUGGCGAGUCGAGACGCGCAGAAUGAGGGAAUGGGCGACACGAUGGUGGGAAAGGUGCAGGACAUUAUGCACACUGGGAAGUAA